GUGGUACCUGGACCCCCCGCCGGCUCCCGCGAUGCCUCGCCAUCACGCCGUCUCGCCGGUCGUUGACAGCGAGGACGGAGAGGAGCUGGAGGAGGCGAGGACGAGCCCGAGGCCGAGGGGGGCCGACCUGACUGAGCGUGGCGUGAUCUUCGAGGGUCUGACGGGACUCAGCGGCGCCGUGGCGCCCAUCGCCACCAGCGACCGCGCGUCGCGGCGUUUGAUGACGCGUCUGGCGGCGCGGCAGCGGCUGCAGCGAGAGGGCGGCGCCGUGCGGGCGCUGAGGGAGCGAGAGACGUUGGCGUUCCGCCGCGCGCUCUACCGCAGCGCCGUGCGGGUCCGUGGCGUCGCCGGUAACCAGGGGCAACAGCAGCGUGACAUCACGGCGGAGAGCUUCCGCAGGAACCCGUCCCAGCUGCAUCGGCUCCGCCCCUGGCUGCGCCGGGAGCUGACCGUGCUGUACGGCGCCCACGGCACGCUGGUGGACAUCGUGCAGCGCAUCAUCACAGCGCGGCUAGCACGCCACGGGCUGGAGGACACGCCCACCGUAGAGGAAGAGCUGCGACCGUUCCUGCUGGCGCGCACCGACCACUUCCUGCACGAGCUGGUGAGCUUCGCCCGCUCGCCGCUCAGCCUGGAGAGCUACGACCUGCAGGCCGUGUACGAGCCGUCGGCCGCCGCCGUGCAGCUGGACGCCAGCGAUGGCUCCGACAGCAGCUCCGUCAUCGCCAUCUCCGAGGGCGAGGACGACGACGAGCGCCCGACCGCUCAGGACGACGUGAUGCAGACAGGAAGUUGCCUCAGCCUGGCGGCGUGGGACGACGAGACCCCCGGCCCGUCCUACACCACCGCCGGCGCGGAGCCGCCGUGCUCGCUGGCCGGCGAGCCGCCGCUCGGCGCCGCCACCGAGGACGAGUGUCUGAUCGUCGGCUACAAGAAGCCGAUCGCCGAGCGGACGCCGGAACUCGUUCAGCUUUCCUCUGACAGCGAGGAGGACGAGGAGAAGACGGAGGAGAAACUUCCUCCGCUCGCCUUCCUACCCACAAUCCCUCCCUGCACGUCCCGCGCCUGCAGCUCCAGCUGCAGGGAGGAACCUGACGACGGUCGUCAAGAGAACAGCGGCGAGGGCUGCGGCGAGCUGCGUCUGUCCGUCAGUUCGGGGGCGGGGAGCAGCGGCGCUGGGACGCCGGCCGAAAGCGAGACGACGGCACGCCGCCGAGACAGGAAGUCCAGCGGCGCGGCGAGGAAGAAGAAGAGGAAGAAGAGGCGGCGAGAGAGGAAGAGCGGCACGCUGUCCAACCCAAACCGCUCCAUCUUUCCCGCCAUGAUACGUCGCGGUCGCCAGGGGCGACGGCGCUCGCCGUGUCUCUCGGGCGGCGAUGACUCGUCUCCGGACUCCAGCUGGGAGCUUUCUCCUCUCUCGUCCUCCGUCUCCUCCUCUUCCUCCUCCUGCUCUUCGUCUUCGUCUUCCUCCUCUUCCUCGUCCUCGCCGCCGCCUGCGCCCUCGUUGUCGCCCGGCAACCAUCACCACGGGGAGAAGCCCGGAGGAAAGAGGAAGUACAAGAGCCGCCACCUGGACAGCGUCGCCGCCGACCCGACCUGGAGGCCGAGCAGGAAGAGCGGCGGCAGCAGGAAGCGGCGGAGCCGAGCAGAGCGGAGUCCCAGCGUGGAGAUCAUCUACGAGGGAACCGUCUUUGGGAAUGCCGCGUCACCGCCCGCCGCCAAGCGCCGCAGGAAACCGCGCCGCCACGCACGACUCAGCAGCUCUCCAGUGAUUAUCACACUCGACAGCGACAGUAGCCAUGACGACGACGCCGGCGGCGACGACACCAACAACCCCCCCAGUGGCGGCGGCAGCGUCAGCAGCAGUCCGCUCAGCAGCCAGCAAACCGUCGACUUCUCCGACCUCCCCCCUCUCCCGCCGCUGCACUCGCACGGCGCCGUGGACGCAGACGUCGCCCGGCUUCCCGUCCGCAUCCUGGACCGCCAGUCAGACGGGGACGACGGGUCAGACGGCAGCGACGUGGACGUGGAGAAUGUCGGCUCGCCGCCGGGCUCGCACGAUGGCGAUAACGAAGCGCCGCGUGGCGACAUGAAGGCAGCAGAUCAGAGAGACGCAGCGGCGGCGUCCGUGAGUCCGGUUCGCAGAAAGGACUCGGACGUCCCGAAAUCCGACAGCAGUCUCCUAGCAACCAUCCUGGACGACCUGGAGGGGAUCACGGCGCCGAAACGCGACGCUCCGUUCAACUUUGAGCCGCGAACUUCCAACCGGGAAACAAACGUGUUCGCAGGCGAGCGACGAGGGGCGGACGCUGUCGGCGAGCGAGACCGUGGCGUGGACUCACCGCUACGGCGCGCGUCCAUCCGCCCUCCGCCUCUGGAGCGCCCAAAGGACUGCGGCUCGGGAGAGGACGCUCAAGACCUCCCGCCGCGGCCGUACGACAGAAACACGCUGCCGCCGUUAAAACACAAAGACGCAGACUUCAAUUCAAAUGGCAGGAAGCUGCGUUCGCCGUGUAGCGUUAGCUCCGAGCUAACAGCGGCUCUCGGCGGCGAGUUGUCGCCCGUCAACGUGCGUCCAAGGGAUCCCGACCCCCCCGCUGGAAUCCCUCCUAUUAUCUCCAUUCCUAUUUUCUCGACGCUGGAAAGACAUUUCGCGACCGCUUUGGCGCCGAGAGCAGAGCCCGCCUCCGCCGGUGGCGUUUCAGCCAACGACGCGCAUUCCCUCGCUCGCUUCGCCCCCAUCAACCAUCCAAACGCUCCCUCUAGAGUCGCAACGCUGUCGUCGUCUACGCCUAAGCCGAGUCACAAACCGCCCGCCGAUUACCGGUCUUCGUCCGCGUCGGAAAGUAGUUCCGCGAGCGUUGAUAUCUUCUCACGUCUGGCGUUUGAUUCGUCAAAGAAAGAAGAACUAGCUUCCUCCUCCUCUUCCUCAGGUUCUUUGUCUCCCGUCGGGUUCCACGCGGCCAAGACUGGCGCUGAAUCCGAAGGCCUGACGCGCGACAACAACGUGCGUUCUUCUAGCUCGGUCUUUCGCACGUUUGACGGACGUUUGGAAAGUAGUUCCGCGAGCGUUGAUAUCUUCUCACAUCUCAAGAAAGACGAACACGUCGGCCGUGACGGGGCAAAGGAACUAUUUUCUUCCUCCUCUGGUUCUUUGUCUCCCGUUGGUUUCCAGGCAGACUCGACCUCCGCAGGACGCGGGAAUCAAACUUCCUCUGAGCGCCCGUUGGCGGACAUUGGCGCCAUUCUCUCGGGAGUUUACCUCAACAACGUUUCCUCCGUAGACCCCUCCCCUUCCCGCUCUUUCAGCCCGAGAGAGAACUCGGCAGAAAGGUUUUCUCGCUCCAAAGCGCCGACGCCGGCUCCCAGCGGCGCGGCGCUGCCCUUUAACGCGACUCCUCCGAGACGCCCUGAAUCCCUGACGCCAGCCAAUCACGGCGAGCCUGAAGUACGUUCUUCGGGCUCUGCCGUUUACCCGUUUGACGGCCGUUUGAACCACGCGGCCUUCGAAACGUCACGUAAGAAGGGCCGUUGCCGGUCGGAUUCUCCCGGGGAAUCGGACUUGCGUCUCCCCGGCCUCGCCGACUCUCGUGUGAAACCCGAAAACCACUUUGACGCCGGAUACGGGACGCCGUUCGGCGGCUCUGAAUGCAUUCUCCCCGCCGCCUCGCAGCCAAAAGACUCUCGGAGAGACCUUCAGCUCCCCGCGGACAACCACGAGAGCCGGAGGGACUCAAGCUCGUCAGGUUCAGACUUGGAGAGAAACGUCUGGGACACACACACACACACGGCCACGUAGGACACACACACACACACACACACACACACACACACACG